AUGAAGGUCGCUGACACCAGUAGCGCGCAGUACGCGCUGCUGCGGGCUCGAGAGCUGUGUCUGCUAGGAGACUAUGACCAGGGUAUUUCCGCGUUCCGAGCUGCGCGCCAGACGCUGGAGAUGCAGCUGGGCGCAGACGUAGAGGCGCAAACGUUCUUGCGGGACUUGCAGGGCGAAUACCGCACUAUCCUCGAGUAUCGCAGCACGUUGCAGAGUCUAAAACUCGCUGCCAACAAGGUGCAGGACACACAGAGACGCGGUAAAGUCGCAAAAGCACGGCGAGCAAAGCGAAAACAGGAAGAACAUGCCAUCACGGAGCAAAAUGUGGCCAAGAAGCAAUGGGAAAAGCCUCAGCCUGCACGUCGACCGAGUGUCCAGCCAACUAGAGAGAGACACGUGCCGCUGUGGAUGCAUCGAGGCGAACCACGAGCUACGACAGUGAUGAGAGCUCGGCAAUUGGCUCAGCAGCGUAAAAGUGCAGCUGGAUCGACAUCAAAGACGUCUUUGGGGCCUGUUGGAGUGGAGAGUAGGAGUCGAAACGUAGUUAAACGAGGUGGAACGUCCGCCUUAGCUACAGAAUCGAAGCAACGCAAGACAAGACGAGGCUCGCUCAAGUCCAAACGACGCGAGAGUGUCCAAAGCACUGCGAGCUCAACCACCACCGAGUCGAACCAAGAGACGAUCGCGGGGAAAGUCAAGUACUCGGAACUGGCAAAGGAGAACGACUGGGUGGAUCAGGAGCUUAUUGAAGCGAUCGAGCGAGAUAUCGUGGACCAUGGGGAGAGCGUCACGUUUGACCAGAUCGCAGGCCUUGAACACACCAAGCAGCUGCUGCAGGAGACGGUGAUGCUUCCACAAAUUGCGCCACAUUUGUUCACGGACGGACUGCUGAAGCCAUGCAACGGCGUAUUGAUGUUUGGGCCGCCAGGAACAGGGAAAACGCUUCUUGCCAAGGUAGGUUCACACACUUCUCCGCCGUGUCAGGCCGUCGCACACGAAUGUGGAACGACGUUCUUCAACGUGUCAGCCUCCACGCUGUCGUCAAAGUAUCGAGGCGACUCGGAGAAGAUGGUCCGCAUCUUGUUUGAUAUGGCUCGUUACUACGGACCGUCCAUCAUUUUCAUGGACGAAAUCGACGCCAUCGUGUCGACUAGAGGCGCUGCAACAGAGCACGAAGCGAGUCGAAGGGUGAAAACGGAGCUUCUAGUUCAAAUUAAUGGCGUCACAACCGUCGAGCACGACGGCAGUCAAGUGAUGCUUCUUGCAGCUACGAAUCUCCCGUGGGAGCUAGAUGAAGCCAUGCGGAGACGACUAACGAAGCGAGUCUACAUCCCUUUACCGGAGGCUGCAGCUCGUCGUGCCCUUUUUGAGCUCAACUUGGGUCGAAUCGACUUGGCGUCGGAUGUCAAGCUGGACAAACUUGUCGAGGAAACGGAGGGCUACAGCGGAGACGAUAUCACUAACCUCUGCGAAACAGGUAUGAGUAAACGUUUGGUGCUCUCUCUAGCCAAGCGCAUGCCUGUCAAACGUGUCUAUACCCCCGAGCUGCUACUCAAGAUGCGUCGAGAAAUGGAAGCAGGCGAGGAUUGUCGUGAACUCGACACGGAGCGACUCGUUGUCACUAAGGCAGAUUUUGCAGAAGCUUUGAGCAACGUCUCCAAGUCUUAUUAUACGAAUGCCGGAGUGCCGGGCCGGCACUGGUACCACUUCAAGCAGGUUUGUUCCGUACCUGCUCUGUCUCUAUCGUCAUUGGACAGUGCCACGUUCCCCGGCAAUCGCAUGCAAACUCUCAUUAUUGAACCCGUGUGCAAGACUCGAGGUCUGCCUCCUCAUCUUCUCGUGGACGAAGACCCGGUUCUGCGACCGAUUGCUGUGAAAUUAGCUGGACUCUUGUGCGCCAAGCAGCUCCAACAGAACCAUAUCGCCAAGAUCCAGUCCACUUUGUCACAGUGUCUGAUGGACCAGCCUUAUCAUCCACUUUACACGCAAAUCUGUCUGACAAAAGACUGGAAAGAACGUCGCUACACCCUUCGAGCCAUGCGCGAGUCCAAGCUACGUGACGGAUACGACUUUGUCAUGUCGCGCUCGCACCUCGUUGAUCCUUUUUCUUCUCAUUUCUCCGAGGAUCGAUUCGAGACCGAGCAAGGAGAUCUCUGCUGCGUUCGCUUCGAUAUAAUCCACUUCCCUGGCGUCGCUUCGCUCCAGCAAGUGUGCGAUGCGUUGGCGUUCUUCAUGACCAACAUGGAGAUCGUCAUCUCCGAGCAACUCGGCCAUGUUGUGCUUCGAGACGACUACGAUACCAUCGAGGACGAGGCUUUCCACAGUCGAUUCGCGCCGAGGAAUCGCAGUGGAGGGCAACGCCAUCUCGUUUUGUCACGUGUUUAA